AUGUCCGGCUCCAACUACGUCAUUUUCGGCAAGGUCUUCAAGCCCCACCAGCUCGCCAUUGCCACCCUUGUCACCCUGACUGGCGGUAUCCUUGUUGCCUCCAGCGGCAAGAAGGCUGCUCCUGCCACUCCCGCCAUCCAGGCCGAGAGCCCCCAGGAGGCCGACUUCAUCACUGAGUUCCUCAAGAGCGCCGAAGCCGAGGAGAAGAAAUAA